AUGGAUGGCCAUCGGAAGAGAAAAUCCUUUUCAGACAUCACGAAUACCUACAACCUGAUACCGACCUCAGCGCUGCGCAAGCUCGUGGCAGCCUCCACCAAUCCCACUUCAACCUCAAAGCCCCCGCUUUCGAUUUUGAAGUCCAGCUCCAUCUCCGAAUCGUCUAAUAGAUCCGACGCAAGUAUCGGGUCAUCCAACGUCACGGCCGCGUGGAAUUCCAGAAUCGUUCAAUUUCGAACUCCUCCCUACGCAAUCUCUCCUUCAUUUACUCCUCCACGUGAUAGCGUAAGUAAGGAUGCAUCUUGUGAACGAAAACAGAUGUAUGAAAAGAAGACCAAAGAAACUGAGGAUGCCUUUGCGGUUGUUAGUCCCACAUCGGUUGAGAAAAGGAAGGCCAAAGGGAAGGCCAUUGCUGUGCCAUUGAGUUCUUCACCUUUCAAAGAAACGAACAGUAUGAAUCAGAAAAAUAACUGCAAACCUAGUGUUCUGUUUGAGAAAGAGAAUCAGAAAGGCAAGAUGCAUCAUAAUCUCUUUAGUGAUCUAGUUGAGUUACAUGAAGCGUCUAAUAAGGGGAGUUUUAGUUCGCAUAAGCACUAUGGGAAAACAGAGAAACGGAAGGCAGUUCUAAACACUUCUGGACGUGAGAUUGGGAAACAAGAUGGCAUGGAAAAGAGUAUUAUGGACAAUUCCAGCUACUCACUUGAGAAAACAAUUGAUGGGAAAAAAGCGACUGCUGAGCUUUUUGUAUCCCGGAGUGAUGCAGAGAAAGCCAUUCUUAGGCAUUUGGGAAUCUCGGUUAUGAAGCCAAAAGAGGUCAGAAAGGAAGUUGUUAAUCCUUCUUCUAGCUGCUCAGUUAAGACAACAAUGGAGAAAGGAAAUACUGUCUACCCAGAGGAAUCAAGGGAGAAAGGCAAGUUAAUCAUGCAGUCAUCAGAUGAUGUUGAGGUGACAACAGCUAAAGAGUUAUCUGUUGCUGGGACACUCAACUCCCGGCCACGAAGGAGAAAUGCAGGGAAGAGGAAAAAUGAUGUUGGGUCUUCCAGUUGCCCCCCUAUGACGAAGACAAGAAAUUUACAGGUUAAUCUUGAUGAUGCUGAUGAUACAAAAUUUUCAAAGUCGUGGACUGAUGCUCAACGAAAAUUGAGAAAGAAGAGGUCGAUGAUCAAAGACACUAAUGAACUGCCAGAGGACUUUAUCGAACAACAAAGAGCAUAUUUUAAAGAAAUUGAUGAGUUUGAACUUCCUGAAGAGGAAGUAUCACAGGAUGAGUUAGACUAG